UUUGUUUUUGCUGCGCUCGCCGUUCCGCGUGGAGGCGUUUCGAAAAGUUGUUUCGUCACAGGCUUUUCUCUCCCCGCACCCAGCCCAGUCGCGUGGGAGAGGGAGGGAUCGCCGGAGGGAAGGAGGGGAUGGCGGCGGGGGCGGCGGCGGCGAGCUUCGGGCUGAUGGACAAGGCCUACUUCGUGGGGCGGGGCGAGAUCCUCAGCUGGGUCAAUGCCACGCUGCAGCUCUCCCUCAACAAGGUCGAGGAGGCGGCGUCGGGGGCGGUGCAGUGCCAGCUGCUGGACAUGGUUCACCCUGGGUUGGUGCCGAUGCACAAGGUGAAUUUCGAUGCCAAGACGGAGUACGACAUGAUCCAGAACUACAAGAUUCUCCAGGAUGUGUUCAACAAGCUGCGGAUAGGCAAGAAUAUUGAGGUCAACAAACUUGUUAAAGGACGGCCAUUGGACAACUUGGAGUUUCUGCAAUGGCUGAAAAGAUAUUGUGAUUCUGUAAAUGGUGGAAUCAUGAAUGAAAACUACAAUCCUGUAGAAAGGAGGUCCAAGGGUUGCAAAGAGCGCAGCCACAAGGGUCCCAAUAAGUCAUCCAAAUCACUUCAAGCCAACAGAUUAUCUAGUGCUAACUCAGCAGAUGGAGGUGCCCUGAAUUCUAAUAUUGAUCUUGCUUCUCCAAUUGGAAAAGUCUGUAAUGCUGUUAACGAAGAGCAUUACAUGGAGCAGAUUCAACAAUUAUCUGAGAAGAUUGCAGAUCUGAAGGUUUCUGUGGACAACACUGAGAAAGAAAGAGAUUUCUACUUCUCAAAGCUGCGUGACAUCGAGAUAUUAUGUCAAAGACCUGAGUUGGAGCAUCUACCGAUGACCAAAGGGAUAAGGAAGAUACUCUAUGCGGCUGAUGCGAAGGAUUCAUCAUUACCCGAGGCUAAUGAAAUAAUCACCAGGUCACCAGGCAUGUUCUCAGUCUCAGAUGAAGCAGAGUGACAAGUGCCACGGGACGCACCGUACCCUCCAAAACCUUUAGUGGAGAAUUUUGUGGUUCUCCUACUAUCAAUCUGAGUAGCUCCUAAUGUGUAAAUUAGUAGAAAAUAACACUUGGCAUGGGGAACUGCUCAUGGCCAGUCACCUGCAACUGUCUUCUGUUGUGGCACGGCUUAUCGAAAGACAAUUUUUCCUCUAUGUAAGAACACGCGGCUAGUUAUGAUGCAUAUUCAUGGAUAA